CGAGCCCCAUUAGAAGUCCAGAAGUGGAGGGGUAAACGCCUCGUCUCCGUCUACGGCUUACCUUCCUAAGACGGCAGUGUUGAGAAGUGUCUCGUCUCGGCCUCGUAUCGCUAAUCUUCUUCGCCCUUCUAUAUAAACAAAUAAAAUUAACCACAGAGACCGGGAAAUUUCUCGACUAUCGAAAGUGAGGAAGCAAUGGGGGAGCACUUGCUUGGGCUUCUAAAAGUGCGGGUGCUGAGAGGGGCGAACCUCGCCUUCCGGGACGUCCGGAGCAGCGACCCCUUUGUCGUCCUCCUGAUGGGCAACCAGAAACUGAAGACCCCUGUGAUAAAAAAUUGUGUCAAUCCAGUGUGGAAUGAACAGUUAACUCUUUCUGUUGAAGAUCCUACUCUUCCAGUCAGGCUUGAAGUGUAUGAUAAGGACACAUUCACCCUUGAUGAUCCCAUGGGGAAUGCAGAGUUUGACAUCCAACCAAUAAUAGAGGCCGGAAAGAUGAAUCCAGAAGGUCUUCCAAAUGGCACCAUUAUAACUCAGGUGGUACCGAAUAGGCAAAAUUGCAUCGCUAAAGAGAGUCCCAUCUACUGGUCUGAUGGAGAGGUUGUUCAAGAUCUGGUCCUCAGACUCAGAGAUGUAGAAUGUGGUGAAGUUGAGUUGCAGCUGGAAUGGAACAGUGUUCCAGGUGCCGGGGGCAUAUAAAUUUCUAUCAGAUACUGGGAGAAAAUGUAAUGUUAUGAAUGGCCUUAGCCUUAACUUCUUUAGAACAUCUUGAACAAACUUAUAUAUGGGAUGUCUUUUCUGUGUAUAUAUGAUAGCAGCAUUAGAUGCACUAGUAGGUGACAUCUGACUCGUAUAUAUCUAGUCAUGGGUACUGAAAUUCUGUGUAUGUAAGCUCUGGUGGAAUCCAACUCGUUUUGUAUA